AAAGUCGAAUCAGCUGCAUUAAACUCAUUCGCUGACUUGAUACGGAGGAGUCACGAUCUCGCCAUGUCGGUGUCGUUUUUGGCAAGUCUACUGGGACUCAGCAAUGACGAGGAUCAGCUGCAAUUGGCCUUCGACGAGGUACAAAAUCCCAGAGUUCCCUUCAGACAGGCAACGAACCUGAGGAUGUCGUCUCCAAUUCGCUACUACUAUGACCUCAUGUCCCAGCCCUCGAGGGCAUUGUUCAUUACCUUCCGACUGAGUAACAUGCCCUUCGAAGACUGCUUGGUGGCUCUGCGAAAUGGCGAUCACUUGACCGAGGACUUCAAGCAGCAGAUAAACCGCUUCCAGCGCGUGCCCUGCAUCCACGACAAUGGGUACAAGCUGGCGGAGAGCGUGGCCAUCCUGCGGUACCUGAGCGCCAAGGGCAAGAUCCCGGAGCACCUGUAUCCCAAGUACUUUGUGGACCAGAGCCGCGUGGACGAGUUCCUCGAGUGGCAGCACAUGUCCCUGCGCCUCACCUGCGCCAUGUACUUCCGCACCGUCUGGCUGGAGCCGCUCCUGACCGGACGCACUCCCUCUGAAGCCAAGAUCGAGACGUUCCGCAUGCACAUGGAGCGCAAUCUCGACGUGGUCGAGGAGGUCUGGCUGGAGGGCAAGGACUUCCUCACCGGGUCCACUCUCACCGUGGCGGACAUCUUUGCAGCCUGCGAAAUCGAACAGACAAGAAUGGCCGACUACGAUGUGAGGAUCAAGUACCCCAAAAUCCGAGCCUGGCUUAAGAGAGUGCGCCAGAGCUGCAAUCCACACUACGAUGUGGCCCACGAAUUCGUCUAUAAGAUCUCGGGAACGGGUCCACAGGCUAAACUUUAAUCACCAGCUUUCUCAAGGCACCAUUUUGUACAUAGAUCAUUAUCAUUUCUGGGGUUUUAGAUAUAGUUACUAAAACAUUGUUCACAUUGGAAAAGAAAUACACAACUUCUAAGUUCUGGUUUAUA